AUGAAAUUAUAUUUAAUAGAACGACCAAGAACAUUCAUAGUCACUACAGCUACUCAUGCACUUAUUAUACGACAUCCUUCACCUUCUUAUAAACAUUAUACUUUAAAAGGACUUGUUAGUGGACAUGGUAAAUCAAAAGAUUCAAAUAAUAAAGAUAAUAAUGUAUUAGUGGAAUUUGUUCGUAAAGAAUAUCUUGAUUUGAGUUCAUAUCGAGAUAUUACUCCUAAGAACAACAAUAAAUUAUUAGGUUUAUUAGGAUUAUUAAAUGUUAAAGGGAAAAUAUUUAUUGGAUUUAUAACAAGGGAUGAAUUAAUUGCUUCUGCUACUAUAAAUGAUAAAAUUUAUAGAAUUACAAAUACUGAAUUUUAUUGUUUAAAUAAUGAUGAAUAUGAUUAUUUAUUGGAAAAAGAAUUUGAAAAAUUAAGUCAUCAAGAACGUGAAAGAUUAAGAUAUCCUGCUGCUUCAGUACAAAGAUUAUUAUCAAGUGGAGGUUUUUAUUAUUCUAAAACUUUUGAUAUGUCUUCAAAUAUUCAAGAAAGAGGUGGUAAUAGUGGUAGUACGACUAGUAAUAGCACUACUACUAAUUCUGCUAAUACUACUAGCACUGCUAAUAAUUAUAAUCAUUCAAAUGAAGCUGAAUUUAAAUUAAUUGCUGAUUCUGAUUAUUUUAAAAGAUUUAUGUGGAAUGGAUUUAUGAGUGAACAAUUGAUUGAAUCAAGAAAUAGAAUGUCAACUUCUGAACAAAAAAUUAUUGAUAAAUCUGGUCUAUUAGUUAUUGUUAUAAGAGGUUAUGCUAAAACUGUAAAUACAAUGAUUGGAAAUGAUGAAGCUUUAUUAACUUUAAUUUCAAAACAAAGUUGUGCUAAAGAAGGUCCAUUAUUUGGUGAUUGGGGAAGUGAUGGAAAUGGAUUUGUUUCAAAUUAUUUGGAAUCAGAAAUCAUCAUUUAUACUAAAAAAUUCUGUCUUUCUUAUGUUAUAUUAAGAGGUAAUGUACCAAUGUAUUGGGAAUUGGAUAAUACUUUUACUUCAAAGAAUAUUUUAGCUGCUAAUGGUAGACAUUUAACAUUUCCAAGAUCUUUUGAAGCUUCUCAAGAAUCAUUUACUAGACAUAUCGAAAGAUUAGCCACUCAAUAUGGUGAUAUUCAUAUUCUUAAUGCAUUAUCUGACAAAUCCUACAAAGGAGUGUUGAAUUCUGCAUUUGAAGAACAAAUUAAAUAUUAUAUGAAACAUAAAGAAUCUGAAGAUAGUGGAUUCAAAUUAUUAUACAAUCAUGUUCCAAUUACUGCUUCAAGAGUUAAAAAAAUUGGAUAUUCAGGUCAAAAUCCGUAUGAUAUUGUAUCAUUAUUUUCCAAUUCAAUAGUUAAUUUUGGUGCUUUAUUUUUUGAUAAUUCUUCAACUUCAUUUAUUGGGAAACAAUUGGGAGUAUUUAGAAUCAAUUCAUUUGAUAGUCUUAGUAAAGCUAAUUUCUUAUCAAAAGUAAUUAGUCAAGAAGUUAUACAAUUGGCAUUUAGAGAUAUUGGAGUUGAUUUAGAUAGAGAUAUUUUCAUUAAACAUGCAAAAUUAUGGGAAGAAAAUGAUAUAUGUAUUUCAAAAUUAACAUUAAAUUAUGUUUCAACAAGUGAUAAAUUACAUAAAUCAAAUAAAACUAUCAAAUCAGCAUUAGUGAAAUCAAAUUUAACUAAAAAAUAUUUUGGUGGAGUUGUUGAAUCAAAACCAAAUGAAAUUGCCAUGUUAAAAUUAUUAGGUCGAAUGCAAGAUCAAUCACCGGUUACUAUAUUUAAUCCGCUUCAUAAUUAUGUUAAUAAAGAAUUAAACAAACAUGCUAAAGAAUUCACUUCAAAGACAGAUUUAACAGUAUUUGCAUCUACAUUUAAUGUCAAUGGAUCCGUUUAUGAAGGAGAUAUCACGAAAUGGAUUUAUCCACCUGAAGGAGGAAGUACAGGAGGUGGAGAGUAUGAUUUAAUUUUCAUUGGGUUACAAGAAAUUGUUGAACUUAAUGCUGGACAGAUGGUUAAUACUGAUUUCCGUAAUAAAACCCAAUGGGAAAAGAAAAUUCUUCAUGAAUUAUUAAAACAUGAUAAAUAUAUGGUUAUGUGGAGUGGACAAUUAGGUGGAGUUGCAUUAUUCUUUUUUGUUAAAGAAUCCCAAGUUAAAUAUAUUUCAAAUGUUGAAUGUUCAUUUAAAAAAACUGGACUUGGAGGAGUUUCAGCAAAUAAAGGUGCAAUUGCUGUUAGUUUUAAAUUUUCAGAUACUGCCAUGUGUUUUGUAUCAUCACAUUUUGCUGCUGGAUUAACCAAUAUUGAAGAAAGACAUCAUAAUUAUAAAUCAUUAAUUAAAGGGAUUCAAUUUUCUAAAAAUCGACGUAUUCAAAAUCAUGAUGCCAUAAUUUGGUUAGGAGAUUUUAAUUAUAGAAUUGAUUUAACUAAUGAACAAGUUAAACCAUUAAUUUUACAAAAAAUGUAUGGUAAAAUCUUUGAAUUUGAUCAAUUAAAUCAACAAAUGGCAAAUGGUGAAAGUUUCCCAUUCUUUUCAGAACAAGAGAUUAAUUUCCCACCAACUUAUAAAUUUGAUAAAGGAACCAAAAUUUAUGAUACUAGUGAAAAACAACGAAUUCCAGCUUGGACAGAUCGAAUUUUAUUUCUUUCAAUGCAAAAUUUAAUUCAACCAUUGAAAUAUAAUAGUUGUCAAGAUUUAAUAUUUUCAGAUCAUCGUCCAGUUUAUGGAAUUUUCAAAAUAACUGUUAAAAUUAUUAAUCAAACAAUUAAAAAGAAUUUAUCUAAUGAAAUUUAUGAAAAUUAUAAAGAUAGUACUAAUGGAAUUUAUGAUAUUUUAAUUAAAGCUUAUACUGAUAAAGAUUUAAAUGAUGAAAAUUCAGGAUUACCACCUCCAAGUUCCGAUAAACAAAAAUGGUGGUUAGAAGGUGGUAAACCUGCUAAAGUAUCUAUACCUGUACUUAAUAAUAAUGAUGAUGAUCCAACUACUUCUUCUUCUUCUUGUUCUGGUGGUGGUACUAAUGGAAAUUAUUUAGUGAUGAAUCCAUGGAGACCAAUUAAUCCAUUUGAAAAAACCAACGAACCUGAAUUCGUAUCAAGGAAAGAAUUAGAAGCUAUUGAUAAAUAA